CCUCAGCUCAUAACACUGGCAACUUCGUCCUCUUGGCACACCAUCUCUUCCACCAUGACCUGUGGCUUUCCAACUGGAAACUUCAGCUGCGCCUCAGCCUGUGGGCCCAGGCCCGGCCGCUGCUGCAUCUCUGCAGCUCCCUACAGGGGCAUCUCCUGCUACCGCGGACUCUCAGGGGGCUUCGGCAGCCGCAGCGUCUGUGGGGCCUUCCGCUCCGGGUCCUGUGGACGCAGCUUCGGAUACCGCUCUGGAGGCGUCUGUGGGCCCAGCCCCCCCUGCAUCACCACAGUCUCUGUCAAUGAGAGCCUGCUCACUCCCCUCAACCUGGAGAUCGACCCCAAUGCUCAGUGCGUGAAGCAUGAGGAGAAGGAGCAGAUCAAGUGCCUCAACAGCAGGUUCGCGGCCUUCAUCGACAAGGUGCGCUUCCUGGAGCAGCAGAACAAGCUGCUGGAGACCAAGUGGCAGUUCUACCAGAACCGCAAGUGCUGUGAGAGCAACCUGGAGCCUCUGUUCGAGGGUUACAUCCAGGCACUGAGGCGCGAGGCUGAGUGUGUGGAGGCCGACAGCGGGAGGCUGGCUGCCGAGCUCAACCAUGCUCAGGAGGCCAUGGAGGGCUACAAGAAGAGGUAUGAAGAAGAAGUUUCACUCCGGGCUACAGCAGAAAAUGAGUUUGUGGCUCUGAAGAGGGACGUGGACUCUGCCUAUCUGCGUAAGUCAGACCUGGAGACCAACUCAGAGGCGCUGACCCAAGAGAUCGACUUCCUGAGGAGACUAUAUGAAGAGGAGAUCCGCAUCCUCAACGCCCACAUCUCAGACACCUCCGUCAUCGUCAAGAUGGACAACAGCAGGGACCUGAACAUGGACUGCAUCGUGGCUGAGAUCAAGGCUCAGUAUGAUGACAUUGCCACCCGCAGCCGCGCUGAGGCCGAGUCCUGGUACCGCACCAAGUGUGAGGAGAUGAAGGCCACAGUGAUCAGGCAUGGAGAGACCCUGCGCCGCACCAGAGAGGAGAUCAAUGAGCUCAACAGAAUAAUCCAGAGGCUGACUGCUGAGAUCGAGAAUGCCAAGUGCCAGAACACCAAGCUGGAGGCUGCUGUGACCCAGUCUGAGCAGCAGGGAGAGGCCGCCCUCACUGAUGCCCGCUGCAAGCUGGCUGAACUGGAGGCUGCCCUGCAGAAGGCCAAGCAGGACAUGGCCUGCCUGCUCAAGGAGUACCAGGAGGUGAUGAACUCCAAGCUGGGGCUGGACAUUGAGAUCGCCACCUACAAGCGCCUGCUGGAGGGCGAGGAGCAAAGGCUAUGUGAAGGCGUGGGAGCCGUGAAUGUCUGUGUCAGCAGCUCCCGUGGUGGAGUUGUGUGCGGGGACCUCUGUGUGUCUGGCUCACGGCCUGUGACAGGCAGUGUCUGCAGUGCCCCCUGCAGUGGGAAUGUGGCAGUAAGCACUGGCCUGUGUGCACCCUGUGGAAGCGUCCCUUGUCACCAGAGGAGGUGUUAGGAGUCAAGAGGGUGCCAGGAAGUGGCCUGGCCUAGAAGGCUGAGCACGGUAGCCUCAAGGCCUGCUGCCCUUGUGUUCUGAGAAUACAGUCCCCAUCCCCAGUAGCUGCCCCUCCAUCCAGCUACCUGCUGGCAAGGUACUUGCUGCUGAUAGAUCAGCCUCCUGCCUUAGCUGCAGCCCUGGACAUACCCAGUGCUGCUUCCUGUGCUUCUGGCUUCUAGGCCCUGUUGUGAAAUAAACUGUACCUACUUUCA